AUGGUGAGAAAGUCGAAGGCACACGAAGGUGAGGGACACAAUGGUGAGAAAGACGAAGGUGAGACAGAUGCAGGUGAGGCCCAUGAAGGUGAGGCCCACGAUGGUGAGGCCCACGAUAGUGAAGCACAAGAAGGUGAGGCACAUGAAUGUGAGGUCCACAAUGGUGUAGCACAUGAAUGUGAGGCCCACGAUGGUGAGGCACCUGAAGGUGAGGCCCACGCUGGUGAGGCCCACGAUAGUGAUGCCCACGAUGGUGAAGAACAUGAAGGAGACGCCCACGAUGCUGAGGCACAUGAUGGUGAAGUCCACGAAGGUGAGGCACAUGAAGGUGAGGACCACGAUGGUGAGGCAUUUGAAGGUGAGGCCCACGAUGGUAAGGCACAUGAAGGUGAGGCCCAGACCACGAUGGUGAGGGCCAUAAAGGUGAGGCCCACGAUGGUGAGGCACAUGAAUCUGAGGCCCACGAUGUUGAGGCACAGGAAGGUGAGGCCGACGAUGGUGAGGCACAUGUAG